AUGGAUCACAGCUUGAAAUUUACCCGAGCUGGACUAAUUAAGAUGACGAUCUUCUUUUUCUUCUUCAUAUGUUCUCACAUUCCCUCAUCAUCCUUUGCUGCUGUGCAAGACUUUUGUGUUGCAGACUACACAGCUCCUUCUGGACCUGCAGGCUACUCCUGCAAAAGGCCCGAAACUGUUACAGUGAAUGAUUUUGUAUACUCGGGCCUAGGAGUUUCCGGUAACACGUCAAACCUUUUCAGAGUUGGAGAUAUCCCUGCAUAUGCUGAUCAAGUCCCGGGUUUGAAUGGCCUCGGCAUUUCAAUGGCUCGCGUAGACAUAGCUCCCGGUGGUGUUGUCCCAUUGCACAUUCACCGCGGAGCUACAGAAGUGUUCCUUGUUGUACAAGGAACACUAGUUGCUGGGUUCAUUUCCUCGGAUCGGAACACAGUUUAUAUAACAACUAUUAAGAGUGGUGAUAUUAUGGUUUUCCCUCAAGGGUUAUUGCACUUCCAAGUGAAUAUUGGAGCUACUCGAGUCGUUGGAUUUGCUAGCUACAGUAGUCAAAGUCCAGGUCUGCAGAUUCUGGACUAUGCACUAUUUCAAGGUAACUUUCCUACUCGAUUGAUAGCUCGCACUACUUUCCUUGACAUUCUUGAGAUAAGGAAGCUUAAGUUUAUCUUUGGUGGUACUAAUUAA